AUGCUGGGGAUACGAUACUCGGGUCUCGCUGUUGCUCUUUCCUUUUUGGCGAUAGCUGCCGCAGACGGUCCGACGAGCAUCUUCAUCGACUCGAUACCGGAAUACCACUUACUGGCACAAUGCGCAGAAAAGGAGUUGUCGACCAUUGUGCGCGACAUGGUGUAUGGCUGCGGUGACGGAGGAAACAACGUCUAUCAGUCUUUUACGUGUUUCUGUUAUGAGAGCUCGGCCAAGUUCUCCAGCAUGAUUGGCGCUCAUGUGCAGACGGUGUGUCCGAAAGAUCCAUCUCAGAAUACGACGGCCCUGCAAGUUUUUAGUAGUUACUGCGAGGUCGGUCAGUCCAAGUUGGCGCAGCCGGCUGGUAGCGUUACUUUCACCGCUACAUCUUUGGCGCCUUCGAUAUCUUCUGCUUCGGCCUCCCCGGCUUCAAUACCUGUUUCGGUACCUUCUACACCCACUGCUGCAUCGACUCCUUCAUCUUCUCCAGAACCAGAACAAGCUCCAAAGAAGAAAUCAAACACAGUCGCCAUAGCGGUUGGUGUCGUCGUACCCAUCGUCGUGAUAGCUUUCGGUAUACUAGCCUUCUUCCUCCGGAACCGCAAACCAAACAAGACCAACGGCCCAGUUGAACUUGGCGGAGAAGAAAUGACGCAAGGAGAAACGGCGUAUGAAGCCGAUGCGCAUUACAAAGCAGAGAUGCCUUCCAACACCAUGGCUUACGAGUUGGGUGGGGAGGAUUUGCAGGCUGAACGGUUACGCGAAAGGAGAUGA